UACCCAGGUAAAGGAAGGAGAGUGGACAUCACCAAGAACAAUUCUGUUGGAAGGAGUUCCAAUUCAUGACUUUUUCACAAAAAAUCCUGCAGCACUGCGCGAGAUGAUCAUCAAUUUCCAAACAAGACACAAUGAUGUGUUUGUUGUGACUUAUCCGAAAUCAGGGACAACAUGGAUUUCAGAGAUCCUUUGGCAGGUGUAUAAUAACGGCGCAGAAAGUACAAAAAUGAUUUUUGACCGAGUUUCGUUUUUGGAGCGUGACCGUGCUGAUGUCACAACUCUCCCCAGUCCACGGCUUCUUCAUUCUCAUUUGACCCACGAUGUCAUUCCUCAAGGAGAGGGCGAUGACGAAAGGUGCAAAUAUAUUUAUAUUGCACGGAAUCCUAAGGAUUUGGCUGUGUCAUUUUAUGAAUUUAUGAAGGAACAUGGUUCUCUUGCUGGGUAUAAUGGUCCAUGGGAAUUUUUUGCCAGAUUAUUUGCAACUGGGAAAGUGUCGUAUGGUCAUUGGAGUGAUCAUGUGUUAGGCUGGUGGAGGCACAGAGAUGAUCCUAAUGUCUUAUUUCUCAAGUAUGAAGACUUGAUUAAGACUGCAAUAGCAGAAAAGGAACAUGUUCCUUGUCAGUGA